AUGCGCCUCGCCAGCGAGAGUUACGCGACGCACGCACUGCCCGAGAGCAGUCAUCUACCCGAAGACGACACGACCUGGGAACGUGGGACCGAACCCGUAUCGCUUCUGGUCGCAAAACUGGAGCCGCUUCUGAGAGCCGGUGACGAAGGCAACUGGCGUGACAUGGUAUGUGUCAGAAAGCUGGCCGCAUUGAAAGAGCGCCUCCUGGAAGAGCGGCAACGAGAGCAACGCCAGCAGCAGGCCGCUACGGUGCCUGGUGGCUACGAAAACGACCCCACUGGUGCGCAACUGCAGGCGCAAACGCUUCACACCGUGAAUGCAGCGCUUGAUAAAAUUAACCGGCGCUUUGAGUACAUGCGUCAACAGGGACAUAACUGGGGAUACGGGUCACGCAUUGCAGAACCGCUUGCCACUCCAUGGAAUGACGUGUGGCAUGCACCGCCGGUGGAGGCAGCGCUCGGCACCUCGGCAUCGAGAAAAGUUCGGGUGCUGCGGCGCAACAACUCCGCGCUGCGACUCGCCCUGGCAGGAUCCCUCUUUAUUGAUCGCUUAGAUGUUGAGGGUCCACAGGGUCGCAAUUCUCCGGCCGGUGAGGGCGUUCGCGAUGCCGUCCUCUACGAGUACAUGGACGCAGCAGAGUUUCGACAACGUCAGCUUCUGGAAAUAGAGCGAGCGCGGCGGAGUGAGAGUCUUGACCUCGAUGAUGACGCAUCGACGCCACAAGAGACUGGUGAUUCCGAAGACAGCGAACACGGAGCACAUGAACACCACGAAUCCGUCAGCACCCAAGCAGACGCCGGACACUCCGAUCCAUCGCAUGUGGUGAAUGCGUCGCCACCGGAGCGCGAAACGCAGUCGAACCUGCAACGUGUCGCUCCGAGUUCCGGUAUAUUUGCACAAUCGCAUCUGUCCCGAAUAUACGCUAGCACCGAAGAGGAGUACCGAGAACAGCUCAUGGCUGCAUCGUUGCUCACCAGCCUCGAUCGCCGCCGACGUUUUCGAGAAUCCAGCGCGCAGCGUGAGCCCGUGACACCCUCGCUGCGUUCGGAGUCCACCACGACGCAUACAGACCGGAGUGCAGAAGACACACAGCAAGUGGUUUAUGCGAUGCGCUCACAGAGCCCGGCCCCAGAUCCACUGAGCAAGGCGCCAGGAUCCACAGACGCCUCGGCUUGUCGUACGUCAGGUGUCUCCAGUGGGUCCAGCACGAACUCUGCUCCACUGGGUUCCGUUCAAGAGCUGGGGGGUUCCGGACGCUAUCGACCCGGCAGCAAUGCGGCACCAUCACGUUUCUGCCACGUCUGCGCACGCACCAAGGACUUACAGACUUGUGCAAACCUGCCAACUGGCUGCCGCAAAGUCACCUGUGCCAAGUGCUUUGAGGACCACGGCUGGGUACGUUCCGAUGCCUGGGUGUGCACACAUUGCCGCGGUGUGUGUCCAGAACGCUCGCAAUGUCAAAUUUAUCGAUUAUCCAAUCGCAACCGCAGCGCCAAGAAUCGACGUCAUGGACAAGGCAGAUAUGCUGGUGCGAGGACACCAGCCGCCGCCGCCGCCGCCACGACCGCGUCGACUACAACUACUUCUACUACCACCAGCGGUGUUCAUCGCAAGCGCGUGCGGCACUCGUGA